AUGACACACAUGUAUUCCGUGAUUUUGUUAUUGUGCUCAGUGCCCGCUAUUCGUUCAAGGGCCACCGUGCACGACGACGCCAUCGUACACACCAAACUAGGUACCAUUCGAGGCGUUCAACAGAAAUUCGAAGAUGCAGUGGUAAACGCCUACCUCGGAGUACCGUUCGCUCGACCACCUAUAGGAAGCCGUCGGUUUGCUUUACCCGAGCUAAUCGAGCCUUGGCAAGGUGAGCUUGAGGCUCGCAAGCUUGCUCGAACCUGUUAUAUUACGCCUGACAACCAGUUCCCUCAAUUUCCCGGAGCUGAAAUGUGGAAUCCCCCGAAUAUAUUCGAUGAGGAUUGUCUUGCACUGAAUAUUUGGGUGCCUUCCAAGCAUGAUGGUAAAGUAAUGGUGUGGAUAUACGGUGGUGGUUUCUUCUCGGGAAGUCCCUCAUUGGAUUUGUAUGAUGGUCGAGUGCUUGCCUCUCGGCAAGAAGUCAUUGUUGUUAACAUUAAUUAUAGGUUAGGUCCAUUUGGUUUUCUUUACUUUGGUCCAAAAUCAUCGAUUCCUGGAAACAUGGGUUUGAUGGAUCAACAACUCGCACUCAGAUGGAUUAACGAGAACAUCGGUGCUUUCGGUGGUGAUCCUCGAAAGGUGACAUUAUUUGGGGAAAGUGCUGGUGCCGCAUCAGUUACUGCGCAUUUUUUUGCACCUGGAAGCUUUGCCUACUAUCAGAAGGCAAUUGUGAUGAGUGGCACAAUAAUAAAUUCAUGGGCAACGAAAGACAAGGAUAUGAUGUUUGAAACAUCAAUGUUUCUUGCUAGGAAAUUGAAUUGUACGAAUGCAUACGAUCAGCAUCCCGAUAUCACCUAUAUCGCACACUGUGUUCGCCAAGCACCUGCCUCCAAAAUCCAACGCGCUGCAGAUGCCGUUGGAGUCGACCAAAUUUUGCCCAUGACUUUCCCCUUCGUACCUGUCGAAGAAGAUGAUAAUUUUUUUCAGGAUGAGGGUACUUAUUGGUUACCAUAUUAUCUCUUGAGUCCUAAAAUGGGUUUUCAAUUCAAUCAUACUAUAUCAGCCGACGAUCCAAUGAAUCGAGCACUCAUCAAUCGUGGACAAUACACACGAUCAUUAGAAUCAUUCAUCCCCUAUUUUGGUGAUUCACAACUUGUUAAGCAUGCUCUUCUUCAUGCCUAUGAGCAGGUUUCGGAAAGCAGCGAUUCACACGAAAGACUUCGUGAUGGGGUUGCAAGAUUUGUUGGUGAUUUCUUUUUCACAUGCAGUCUUGUUGAAUUCUCAGAUAUCCUCGCCGACAACAUUUACGGAUCUGUUUACAUGUAUUAUUUUACAAGAAGGUCAUCAGCAAAUCCAUGGCCGAAGUGGAUGGGUGUGAUGCAUGGAUAUGAAAUUGAGUACGCGUUUGGACAGCCGUUAAGGCAAACAAGUCUAUAUGCAGCCGUCCAACUAGCAUCAGAACAAAAAUUUUCUGAGAUUAUCAUGAAGUAUUGGACUGACUUUGCGGUCAGCGGAGUACCAAUGCCAGUUUGGCCGAAAUAUAACAAAGUGACACGGAAAUCGUUCGUAUUGGAUGAUGAUGUAACGAAAAGUAAUUAUCAUAUAGAAGUCGAUUUGCAUGGUAGAUACUGCCGAUUGCUGACUGAAGCACAAUCUGUUAUCGGUCAAGGUGGUAAUGGUGAGCAGUGUAUUUGA